GAGAAGUAGUGAGUAAUUGUUGUGUGUCGUCUUGUAUUCGUAUUGGCGCGGAAACAAAAAACCGAUUAUUAAUUCGUUAACAAGAAUUCAGCUCCACCAAUCAAGAUCUACGUUUUAACAUCCUCUGCAGGGUAGUUUGUCCCUAUGGCGCACGCGCAAUAUCGACUAUUUUGCACUCUUCUUCAGUAGUUUUCAAAGCUAUCGAAUUGUCACUGCAAAAUUACACAGUUCAUAGGGAUAGAGAUAAACCACUUUAAACAGUAUCGUCAUAAUAUUCGGUGUUUUGAUAUCUCUUCUGAUAAGACAUAUACAUUAAAUGAAAGUAAUAUAAAGAGUGAAAGAACGAAAUCCAUACUUUCGGAGAGAGCUCCUACUCGAAAGUACCACGUGAAGUAGCUUCGAUUUAUGUGAUGUGAAAGAAGCGUCUCCUGCGCCUACGAACAUUUGCAAGAAUAAUAGAACAAAAAGUAACAUUAAAAGAUUUGUUCAAGUGUAAAGGAUUAAUUCGAGAAUUGUCGUUCAAAAUUACGUUGAAAUGAGCAUCGGAAGCCACACCUAGGGUAACCGACAAACUCGUAAGCGUCGAUUGAGGUUAGCUUGCUUCUAAAUGAUCAUCGCGAUUUAAGUGCGUCCGUCCGUGCGUAGCGAGUGACGAUUUUAUUUGUAUACAUUGUGCGUGCGUGUUCCGGAGGAGUGCCAGCUCGAAGAGAGGAAUAAUGUCAAGCAGUGUUUGCCACGCGCCCUUACCAGCACGAAUGGAAGCAUUCACCACGAGACUCUGUCUCCGUGCUGCUGACCAAUAUGAGCGGCUUCUGCAAGCUCACUUCAACAAGCCUUCGAGCAAGGAACAAGCGCGACUGAAUCAUAAUUCCAACCACAAGGAGCAUCGAAGGCAAAAGGAUGCUUCGUCGAGCAGCACUUAUAGCGCCUUCCGUCAAUGGCGAAGGGGCACAUCUAUGGGCUCGAAUCGGUCCAACAGCGUCGGAUCUAGUACAACCGGGGCCCUUACCAAAUUACCCAAUGAUCCAGCAACGAUACAAAAGAUGGAACAGUUUCCGCUGGUCCUUUCUGAUACUACUAUGCCGGAAGAGGAUCUUUCGUUGAAAUUUCUAGCCCUGAACGCUUUGGAUUUAACAGCACCAGCCAGUGAUGUUUUAUUGAAGAACAGAUUAAAAUCGUGGUUUCAAUUAUCCGGACAUCCGGAUGGUUUCGCCCCUGCUGGGCCUGGAACAGUUUGGAAGAGGAAAACAGGAGGAGCAGAAAACACAGAAAGAAUCGUUUACGAAGCUCUUAGCAAAGACAAAGAGUUACGAGAUUGUAUACCAAGAUAUUAUCGAGAAGUGGAAUACAAAGGUGACACAUUCAUCGAGCUGCAGGAUUUACUAUUUGGUUUCAAUGAUCCGCAUGUAAUGGACAUCAAGAUGGGCACGAGAACGUUUCUCGAAUCUGAGGUGUCAAAGACAACCGCUAGGCCGGAUCUGUAUCAAAAGAUGAUAGCCGUCGAUCCUAAUGCGCCAACGAAGCAGGAACAUGAGCAACGUGCCGUGACUAAAUUGCGGUACAUGCAGUUCCGUGAGCAACAGAGCUCGACUUGUAGCCACGGAUUUAGAAUUGAGGCUAUGAAAUUACCUGGUGGUCCACCGAUCACUGAUCUAAAGAAAGUAAAAUCCCACCAGGAAGUGCUUGAUACUAUGAAGCUGUUUCUUGGAAGACGCGAGACUACUCGCAAGAAAUUGCUCGCACGUCUGAAAAAUCUUCGAUCAAAGAUUGAGGUGUCUGAAUACUUCAAGACUCACGAAAUAAUUGGUAGUAGUAUUUUCAUGAUCUACGACAACGAUAAAGUUGGCGUCUGGUUGAUCGACUUUGCUAAAACUCGAGAACUGCCAAAUGGACAUAGAGUGACACACAGGAAACCAUGGGAACAAGGAAAUCAUGAGGAAGGUUUCUUAUUUGGUCUCGACAAUCUUGUUUCAACAAUAGAAGAAGUCAAACUUUUAAACGCAUAGUUCCCGAAUAAUCGUUUCAUUACCGA